GUCAUGGCACCCGGGCAGGGCCUUCUGGGUUGGCAGGCCGGGGUCUCCCGUGUGCUCUCUGGGCCACCCCGGGUCGCGGGUCUGGGGUCAGAGCCUCUCUGAGCGCCCUCCCUCUGGAGGGGCUUCCUGCCGCCCUAGCCUCUGGUCUUCCAGCUCCAAAGGCACGGGCUCUACUAGACAGGGAGUGUCCCUGCUGUGGGCCUGGCUGCUUGGGGAUCAGCGGAGCAGCCCCCAGGCCUGCUUGGCAUGACCCCCAGUCUCCCACCUCCACUGCUGGGCCUCACUUCCGCCGCGGGGGUGCGGAGCGUGGCCUCCCGAUAAGCAGAGCUGCUUCCUCUGGGGAAGGAAGGGAGGUUGGGGCCAAGGGUGUAGAGAGCUCACGCUGCUGGGGCAGCUGAGCGCCAAUGGACCUCAGCCACAGCAGGCCAGGGGACAAGGAGGGCGGCCCAGCGGCUGGACUCCCAGGAGGCCUGCUAUGGGAACAGAUCGAGCCUCCGUCCCACCACCUCUCACCUGAGGAGCGGGCCCUGCUCUAUGAGGAAGCUCUCUACACCGUCCUGCACCGCCUGGGUCAGCCUGAGCCCAACCAUGUGCGCGAGGCCUCUGAGCUGCUGCGGUACCUGCAGGAGGCCUUCCACAUGGAGCCCGAGGAGCACCGGCAGAUGCUGCAGCAGGCGCAGAAGCUUGAGAAGCCAAUAUUUUGUCUAAAGGCAACUGUGAAACAAGCCAAGGGCAUUCUGGGCAAAGAUGUCAGUGGAUUCAGUGACCCCUACUGCCUGCUGGGCAUUGAGCAGGGGGUGGGCCCACAGGGAGGCAGCCCUGGGUCCCGGCACCGGCAGAAGGCUGUGGUAAGGCACACCAUCCCGGAGGAGCAGACCCACCGCACCCAGGUCAUCACCCAGACACUCAACCCCGUCUGGGAGGAGACCUUCAUCCUGGAGUUUGAGGACAUAAACACCUCGAGCUUCCAUCUGGACAUGUGGGACAUGGACACGGUGGAGUCUGUCAGGCAGAAGCUCGGGGAGCUCACAGAUCUGCAUGGACUGCGAAGGAUAUUUAAGGAGGCGCGAAAGGACAAAGGCCAGGACGAUUUUCUGGGGAACGUGGUUCUGAGGCUACAGGACCUGCGCUGCCGGGAGGAUCAGUGGUACCGGCUGGAGCCCUGCACCGAGACCUACCCAGACCGCGGUCAGUGCCACCUCCAGCUCCAGCUCAUUCACAAGCGGAGAGCGCCGAAGGCCAGCCGAUCCCAGCCCAGCUACACGGUGCAUCUCCACCUGCUCCAGCAGCUGGUGUCCCAUGAGGUCACCCGGCACCAGGCAGGCAGUACCUCCUGGGAUGGGUCGCUGAGUCCCCAGGCUGCCACCAUCCUCUUUCUCCAUGCGACGCAGAAGGACCUAUCCGACUUCCACCAAUCCAUGGCGCAGUGGCUGGCCUACAGCCGUCUCUACCAGAGCCUGGAGUUCCCGAGCAGCUGCCUCCUGCACCCCAUCACCAGCAUCGAGUACCAGUGGAUCCAGGGCCGGCUCAAGGGAGAGCAGCUGGAGGAGCUGGCCACCUCGUUCAGCAACCUGCUGGCCUAUGGCCUCUCCCUCAUCCGGAAGUUCCGGUCUGUUUUCCCCCUCUCGGUGUCCGACUCCCCGGCCCGGCUGCAGUCUCUGCUCAGGGUCCUGGUACAGAUGUGCAAGAUGAAGGCCUUCGGAGAGCUGUGCCCUGACAGCCCCCCACUGCCCCGCCUGGUGACCGAGACGCUGAGGACUGGCACGGUCGAGUGGUUCCACCUGAAGCAGCAGCACCAUCAGCCCAUGGUGCAGGGCAUGCUAGAGGCGGGCAAAGCCCUGCUGAGCCUGGUACAGGACAUCAUAGGGGACCUACACCAGUGCCGGCACACGUGGAGCAAGAUCUUCCAGAACACCCUCAAGAUCGACCUCUUCUCCAUGGCUUUCCUGGAGCUGCAGUGGCUGGUGGCCAAGCGGGUGCAGGACCACACGGCGGCGGUGGUGGGCAGCCCCGUGUCCCCAGAGAUGGGCGAGAGUCUAUUCCAGCUCUAUGUCAGCCUCAAGGAGCUCUGCCAGCUGGGCCCCGUCCCCGCAGAGAGGGAUGGAGUCCUGGCCCUGGAUGGCUUUCACCGCUGGUUCCAGCCCGCCAUCCCCUCCUGGCUGCAGAAGACUUACAGCGUGGCCCUGGCGCGGGUGCAGCGCGCUGUGCAGAUGGACGAGCUGGUGCCCCUGGGAGAACUGACCAAGCACAGCACAUCAGCCGUGGAUCUGUCCACCUGCUUCGCCCAGAUCAGCCAUACUGCCCGGCAGCUGGACUGGCCCGACCCAGAGGAGGCCUUCAUGAUCACCGUCAAGUUUGUGGAGGAUACCUGUCGGCUGGCUCUGGUAUACUGCAGCCUUAUAAAGGCCCGGGCCCGUGAGCUCUCUGCAGGCCAGAAGGACCAGGGCCAGGCAGCCAACAUGCUGUGCGUGGUGGUGAAUGACAUGGAGCAGCUGCGGCUGGUGAUCGGCAAGCUGCCCACCCAGCUGGCGUGGGAGGCACUGGAGCAGCGGGUCGGGGCUGUGCUGGAGCAGGGCCAGUUGCAGAACACGCUGCACGCCCAGCUGCAGGGUGCGUUGGCUGGGCUGGGCCACGAGAUCCGCACGGGCGUCCGCACCCUGGCCGAGCAGCUGGAGGCGGGCAUUGCCAGGCACAUCCAGAAACUCGUGGGCGUCAAGGAAUCUGUACUGCCUGAGGAUGCCAUUCUGCCCCUGAUGAAGUUUCUGGAGGUGAAGCUCUGCUACAUGAAUACCAACUUGGUCCAGGAGAACUUCAGCAGCCUCCUGACCCUGCUCUGGACACACACGCUCACUGUGCUGAUGGAGGCGGCUGCGUCCCACCGGAGCUGCCCCCUGGCCUCCAGCAGGCUGAAGAUCGCACUGCAGAAUCUGGAGAUCUGCUUCUACGCAGAGGGCUGUGGCCUGCCGCCCGCCGCGCUGCACACCACCACCUUCCAGGCUCUGCAGCGGGACCUGGAACUGCAGGCGGCCUCCAGCCGGGAGCUCAUCCAGAAGUACUUCUGCAGCCGCAUCCAGCAGCAGGCAGAAACCGCCUCUGAGGAGCUGGGGGCCGUCACCGUCAAGGCUUCCUACCGCGCCUCUGAGCAGAAGCUGCGUGUGGAACUGCUCAGCGCCUCCAGCCUGCUGCCCCUGGACUCCAACGGUUCCAGCGAUCCCUUUGUCCAGCUGACCUUGGAGCCCAGGCACGAGUUCCCUGAGCUGGCCCCUCGGGAGACCCAAAAGCACAAGAAGGACCUUCACCCCCUGUUUGAUGAGACCUUUGAAUUCCUGGUGCCUGCUGAGCCAUGCCAGAAGGACGGAGCGUGCCUCCUGCUCACAGUGCUGGACCAUGACACGCUGGGGGCUGACGACUUGGAAGGGGAGGCCUUUCUGCCACUGCGCUCGGUGCCGGGCCUGACUGGGGCUGAGGAGCCUGGCGAGGUGCCUCAGACCCGCCUGCCCCUCACCUACCCUGCACUCAACGGGGAUCCCAUCCUGCAGCUGCUGGAGAGCCGGAAGGGUGAUCGGGAGGCCCAGGUGUUCGUGAGGCUGCGGCGGCAGCGAGCCAAGCAGGCCUCCCAGCAUGCCCCAAGGCCAGGGCGGUAGCAGUGGAGGUUAGGGAUGGCGUUGGGUGCCCGGUAGGGACGGGCUCUCCUGAGAGGUCUGGGUUCUCCCCACCAUAGUGCAAGCCCUCCAGCUUGGCCUAAUGCUCCAGAAGGGCCCUGCAAGUCUGGGAACCCCAGCGUGUGAAAGGCCCAGCAUGAAGAUCUCCUCUGGUCCUCCUGCCAGAGCAGGGGCCCGUGGUGCUGCUGCCAGGGCCUUUUAGUAUUUAUAUUCCCUCCUUCCUGCCCUCAGCCGGGGCCUCAGCACUCUCUACCAAAUCUCAGCACCAGGGGUAGGGGGCAGCUGUCUGCGGCUCCUGCCCCUGCUUCCCCCUGUGGGAGGCACUGCUGCCCUGGCAGAGACCCCUCAACCAUCUGUUUCUGGCACACCUAUUCCAGUCCCUGGGGUGGACGUUAGGCUUCCCUGGCCUAUUCUUUAGCACCCCUACCUUGGGUCACUGUGGCUGGGGCUACGGCACAAAGCCUCCUAGGGGAGGAAGGGGACCCCACCAGAGACGAGGCUACAGCUGUCCUGGUGGGGAGGGUGGCAGCUCUAAUGGAGGGAGCCUGGCCCCUCUCCUGAGGUGGCCACCAGUACCCAGGUUAAGGAGCCCUGAGCCAAGGACCUUCCUGCCCUGCAGAGGUGAAAGCUGGCAGGCAGUGGGGCUGGCAUGGAGGGACAGAAGCAGAAAAGACAGCUUGGCCAGCCAUGUCUACUGAGGACACCUCCUCCCUGGGAUGGUGCCUGCCACUUAGGAACUUCCUUAGCACAAUAAAAAACCAAAAACAAU